UUUCACUGCAUAUUCAAUACACCAUUCCAGAACACAAUGCCGAACAUAGAAUUCUAUCACAUCUGGCACCAGCUGAUGCCCGGCAGACAUGAGCCAGGCAGCGGCUUCGUGGGCUUAAGCGGAGGUGAAGAUGAAAGAAGCCCUCCGCUUCUGCUAUUUGACAACCUCGACAUGGCCUGGACAUACUGCGAUGCCAGGAACAAGGGCGAAGACUCAAAUAUCGAGGAAUCAUACCUCGAUUUGUACCUCGAAAAGAACCACAAGCAGGGCUUCUGUAUCGCUGUCCUUUCCGUCGACGCCGACGUGAUCAAACCACCUCUGUUCUUGACCGUGAACGAAACGGAAGCGUACCACGCUGACGACAAGAAUUGGGAAAUGGAACACGGCGCUUACAUGUUCGCCCGAGACCAUUUGAAGUAUUUUCUCCUCAAGAUCGCGGAGGAAACUGGCGCGUGGGGCUUCCUGACGGAGCCCAAGACGUCGCAACAAUGGGUCAAUGUUGAGAGGCUUCAGAAGGAAAAUGAGCUGAACGAUCCGUGA